CCAACACCUCACAUUGUGAUUCGUGACGUUGAUCCGCAUCGACGUCAGACACCACCUCGAACUUAGCUUCCGAGACGAUCAGCUCUCCUUGCGCACACCGCGGCUAGACUAUCAGCAUAGAAGCUUUGAACUACAUUUCGUGUCGACAGUCACCAUUUGACCAGCACGGAGGCGCCUUCCCAAACCAUCUCCGUCAGUCGACCGCUCUUCAGGCCUGAAGACAAUGUCGGUCAUCCACCUUCAAAACGUUCAGGUCCUGAACCCCAAGGGAUCAUUCUCUGAUCCUUACAUUUUCAAGGUGACUUUCGAGUGCAUCUCGCCACUUGAGGACGAUAUCGAGUGGAAGCUGAUCUACGUCGGAUCGGCCGAGAGCGCUAGUUACGAUCAAGAGCUGGACAAUUGCAUGGUCGGGCCUGUUCCGGUGGGCGUGAACUCGUUCGAGUUCGAAGCGGACGCUCCUCAUCCCGACAAGAUUCCCACGCAAGAUCUCCUUGGCGUGACAGUCAUCCUCCUGACCGGAAGCUAUCGCGACGCAGAGUUCAUUCGUGUUGGUUACUACGUCAACAAUUUUUACGAAGACCCAGCCUUGCAAGAGAAUCCCCCUGAGCAGGUGGAUCUCUCCAUCGUCAAGAGGGAAGUCUUGGCAGAGAAGCCUAGAGUCACUCGUUUCAAUGUAAAGUGGGACGCGGACUCCAAGCCAGCAACGCUGCCAUCCACCUCAAAUGCUAUGGACACCGACGACUCAUCUCAGGCUGUUGUGCCUCCACCUGCAGGCGGCUCCUCCUCGUCAGGCUUCGGUUCCCAAGCUUCGGGACAGUACAAUGGCAGCGACGGGCAAAGCGUAGGAAGCAGGAGCGCUUUUGCCCCCGUGGCUGUACAGUGAUCGAUUUGGCUGGUAGGCCCAAAACCCGACUCUAGCAGCAGAACUGCAUGCUGCCGCUUGGAGGUGCAUCAGCCCCAACCCCAUCAGCGUUCCUCGUCUCGUUGAUUGUAAUCGUAUUUCUUCUUGUGCAAAAGUAUCGAGCGG